AUGCCAAAGAACCUUUUAUCGUUUCUUCGCUUGUGUGUGCUCCUGCUCGGCUUUGCCGUUAUCUGCUCAGGAGCCUUUUGCAUCUCAACAGGCUCUUCUGCCUGCAAAUGCAAUAAUGUGCCUAUUGCGUAUUUCCUAUUGCCUUUGGGGUUCUUCCUUCUCAUCUCUGGGAUUUUCUGGAGCACUUAUCACGAGGCCAGCAAACACAAGAGCUUAUUCCACAGAAUUAUCCAGCAAAAUCCUAGAUUUCGAAAUAGUCAUAUCAAUACCAUAGACAGGCCUGACUUCUACCCCCCAUCUUAUGAAGAUAGCACUGAUCCUGAAAAGCUGACAUUCCCACUGCCAGACUGCCUACUGGAUGGAGGAAGGAAUUCCUACAACAUACCUCCACCUCUGUACACAGAGAGCAGUCUGGAAUUCAUUGAGGAGGCCAGCUCUCAGGAACAACAACCACCCUCCUAUGAAGUUUCUGUGCAGCAACAGCAAGCUACAGAACAUGACUCAGCACUUCAAGAGACUUGUAAUGCACCUGCGUCACAACCUUGA